AUGGCCAACGAAGCCGCCAAGGCCCUCGAGGCCCUCCAGGUCUCCAAAACCAAGGAGCUCAAGGGAACCGAGAAGCGUGACUUCCUGAUCUCUCUGGAGAAGAAGUACCAGCAGAAAUGGGCGGAGGAGAAGAUCUUCGAGGUCGACGCCCCCUCUACGAAGGACGUCCCUCUGCACUCCAUUACCGCUGAGGAGCUGCGCCAACAGCAGCCCAAAUGGAUGGGCUGCAUGGCUUUCCCUUACAUGAACGGUCGCCUCCACGCUGGUCACUUGUUCUCCGUGAGCAAGGUCGAGUUUGGUGCUGGUGUCGCCCGUAUGCAAGGAAAGCGCGCUCUGUUUCCCAUGGGAUGGCACGCCACUGGUAUGCCCAUCAAGGCUGUUGCCGACAAGCUCAAGAACGAGGUCGCCAUGUUUGGCCGUGACUUUGAGGGAUAUCAGGAGGAGGAGGUCCUCGUCGACGACAAGCCCGUCGAGGCUAAGGCGGCUCGCGACGAUAUUACCAAGUUCUCCACCAAGAAGAGCAAGGCGAAUGCCAAGACGAUCAAGGCCAAGUACCAGUUCCAAAUCAUGGAGGCCAUGGGCAUUCCCAGGCAGGAGAUCCACCUCUUUGCCGAUGCUUCCUACUGGCUCGAUUUCUUCCCUCCUCUGGCUCAGGAGGAUCUCACAAGUCUCGGUUUCAGAAUUGGUGUCGGUCCCCAGGAGUACACCGGACUCAAGAUGAAGGUCCUCGAGUGGGCACCCAAGGCUGGAGAGGCCCUUAAGUCUAAGCUUCCCGCGGACGCCAACAUCUUCCUCGUCCCGGCCACUCUUCGUCCCGAGACUAUGUAUGGCCAGAACGCCGUCUUCGUGUCUCCCAAGAUCACGUACGGUGUCUUCAAGGCCUCCGAGAAGGACUACUACAUCAUGACUCAGCGGCGGAAACUGAUGACCCCUAGCGCUGCUCGUAACAUGGCUUACCAGGGCCUUUUCGUCCAGGACGGUGUUGUCGAUCAGACUGCCGACAUUGAGGGUUCCGCCCUCAUCGGUACCCGCGUCCAUGCUCCCUUUUCUGUCCACAAGGAUGGCGUCCGAGUCCUUCCCAUGGAAUCUAUCCUGCCUACGAAAGGUACUGGUGUCGUUACUUCCGUCCCCUCGGACAGUCCCGCCGAUUGGGUCAUGACCAUGGACCUCCGCAAGAAGGCUGCAUACUACGGCAUCGAGCAGGAGUGGGCUGAGCUUGAGAUCGUCUCCAUCAUCAACACUCCUUCCGGAGACAUGAUCGCCAAGACUCUGUGCGAGCAGCUCAAGAUUGCUUCGCCCAAAGACACAGUCCAGCUUGACAAAGCCAAGGAGACUGCAUACUCCGAGGGUUAUUACAAGGGCACCAUGAACAUUGGCGAGUUCAAGGGCGAGGCUGUUGAGACCGCCAAGCCCAAGGUCCGCCAGUCCCUGAUCGACCAAGGUCUUGCGUUCGUCUACUCUGAGCCCGAGCGCAAGGUUGUCAGUCGAUCCGCAGACGACUGCAUUGUCGCCCUGAUGGACCAGUGGUACCUUGACUACGGAGAAGAGUCUUGGAAGAAGACUGCUCUCGACUGGGUUGAGAAUGCGGACGGCAAGGGCCUGAACACCUUCAGCCACGAGACCAAGAACGCCUUCCAGGGUGUUCUCAACUGGCUCAACCAGUGGGCUUGCGCGAGAUCAUAUGGUCUCGGUUCCAAGCUGCCUUGGGACCCUCAGUUCCUCGUUGAGUCGCUGAGUGACAGUACCAUUUACAUGGCUUACUACACCAUCGCCCCGUACCUCCACAAGGACAUCUUUGGCAGAGAGAAGGGCACUGGUAACAUCGGCCCCGAGCAGAUGAUUGAUGAGGUCUGGGACUACGUCUUCUGCCGCCGUGAGCUUGAUGACAAGAUUGUUUCCGAGUCAAAGAUCUCCAAAGAGACUCUCGAGAGCAUGCGCCGCUCGUUUGAGUACUUCUACCCCCUCGACCUCCGCAGCUCCGGCAAGGAUCUCAUCGGCAACCACUUGACAUUCUUCCUAUACAUCCAUCUUGCCAUUUUCACACCCGAAUACUGGCCCAGAGGUAUCCGUACCAACGGUCACUUGAUGCUCAACGGCGAGAAGAUGAGCAAGUCGACUGGUAACUUCAUGACCCUGCAGGAUGUCGCCCGCAACGAGCUUCGGACGGGCGAAUGGAACUUCUUUGACAAGGUCUUCAACAACGAGAUGAACGUCAUUGCGAAGGAAGCUAUCCAGCAAUACUCCGACACCUCUUACAAGCUGGCCCUCAAGGCUGCUUUCUACGACUUCAACAACGCCCUCUCUUUCUACCGUGAGAGCAGCGCCUCAGUCAAGAUGCACCACGAUCUAGUCAUCCGUUACAUCGAGCUCCAGUGUCUCCUUAUCGCUGUCAUCGCUCCUCACUGGGCCGAAUCCGUGUGGGUCGAGAUCCUCGGAAAGGCUACGUCGAUCCAGCAGGCUACCUUUCCCGAGAUCCCCGAGACCGACGCGGCCCUCACGGCGGCGAGAAAAUACAUCUCGGUUACGGCGUCCAACGUCAACUCUGCCGAGUCUCUCCAGCUCAAGAAGAAGGCCAAGGGCAAGGAGACGUCGUUCGACCCCAAGAAGCCCAAGAAGCUCACUAUCUUCAUGAGCGAGAAGUUCCCGCAGUGGCAGCAGGCCUACAUCGACCUCCUAAAGGAGAUGUGGAACCCCGAGACCAAGUCGGUGGAUGACAAGGCCCUCAACGGAAAGAUUGCCAAGAUGGGCGAGAUGAAGAAGGCCAUGCCGUUCGUUCAGGGUCUCAAGAGACGCCUCCAGCUGGGCGAGCCCGCGAGCGCGGUCCUCGAGCGCAAGCUGGCAUUUGACGAGAAGGCCGUGCUUGUGGACAUGAUUGACGGUCUCAAGCGCAGUGCCAACCUUGUGGAGGUGAAGAUCAUUGCAGUGGAGGAGGGCAGCAAGAAGGGCACGGAUCUGGUUACCGGGGCCGUGGAGGAGAGCCUGCCGCCCAACGCCGAUGGCGCUGUGCCGGGUGCCCCCAACUUUUUGUUUGCCAACGUGGAGUCGUCAUGA